AUGAGAAAUUUAAGUGGAGUCCACGUGGAGGAAUUUGUCUUGCAGGGAUUCCCUACCUCUCCACCCCUCCAGCUCCUUCUCUUUGUCCUCUUCCUUGCAAUGUAUCUGUUGACAUUGUUAGAGAAUGCACUCAUUGUCUCCCUUAUCUGGCUAACUUCUAGCCUUCACCACCCCAUGUACCUUUUCCUUGGCCAUCUCUCCUUCCUAGAGCUUUGGUACAUCAAUGUCACUGUUCCCCGGCUCUUAGGAGCCUUUCUUACCCAGGACCAUAGGGUCUCCUAUAUAGGAUGCAUGACUCAGCUCUACUUCUUCAUUGCGUUGGCCUGCACUGAAUGUGUCCUGUUGGCAGUUAUGGCCUAUGACCGCUACCUGGCCAUCUGUGAACCCCUCCUUUACUGUAGCCUCAUGCCUCCCAGCCUGGCCACUCGUCUUGCUGGUGCUUCCUGGGGAAGUGGUUUCUUCAGCUCCAUGAUGAAACUUCUUUUCAUUUCCCGACUGUCCUACUGUGGACCCAACAUCAUCAACCAUUUUUUCUGUGAUAUCUCUCCAAUUCUCAACCUCACCUGCUCUGACAAGGAGCAAGCAGAGCUGGUGGACUUUAUUCUGGCCCUGGUGAUGAUUCUACUCCCUCUUUUGGUUGUGGUUUCAUCAUAUGCUGCCAUUAUUGCAACAAUUCUGAGGAUCCCUACUGCGCGGGGACGCCACAAAGCCUUCUCCACUUGUGCCUCUCACCUGGCAGUGGUUGUCAUCUACUACUUCUCCACUCUCUUCACCUAUGCACGGCCCCGGGCCAUGUACACCUUCAACCACAACAAGAUUAUCUCUGUGCUUUACACUGUCAUUGUGCCCUUCCUCAACCCAGCCAUCUACUGCCUGAGGAACAAGGAGGUGAAAGAUGCUCUCAGGAAGUCAGUGCUGGGCAGAUGUCACUAUCAUAGAGAUGUCCCAGGCUCAUGUGCAACAGAGCCUAGCAGGAAGGGAAGAACAGGGUCUUAA